GACGUAGUAUAUUACCUACAAUGUUAAUUUCCAUCAAUAUCUGACUUAAAUAUCACCCCCGAAAAGGCCAAAUAAAGGGGGAAUUAAGGGUCUCGUGCGUAUUCCAUAUUUUCCGGCUUAUCAGGACGCGAUGGCAUUGUGGGAAGCGGAGAGCGUUUUGUUUGUGGAAUUAUUUGUUUUGAUGCUUUAGUUGUUGCUUUUUUCGGCUGAAUUAGCGAAUUGUCGGGCAUUCGGAAGGGAGGGUCAUCGUCGUGGAAAAAUGAGUCACUUAGAAUGUGGCUCAGUGGUGUGGGUGAGGCUGGGCCAGGCAUGGUGGCCAGGAACAGUGACUACCAUGGCCAAGUGCCCACCAGAGUUUGUGCAAGGAAUUAGAAAAAUGCCACUUUCCAUUGUCAAAUUCUUCCAUGAAAAUGAAUU